UAACUUGAUCCGCAGGAAGCAAAGGAGGCUGUGUGUCACACUGGUUAUAGCUUGAGCACAGGAGACCCCAAAGCUCAUCCCCACAGUAACAGGUCUUCCUCCAUCAAAGCCACACCCACUUCCACAAAGCCACACCCACUUCCACAAAGCCACGCCUCCCAAUCGUGAUGCUUUUAUAGGCAAAGCAUUCAGAUGUGAAUUCUGUUCACUUUAGAGACUGAAGCCUCUAAAGCUGAGCUUGAUUUUGUAAACAUUCUUCUCUUUCAGGUUGAUUUAUCUAAGGCAUUUGUUAUAGGAAUAGGCUGCAAACCAAUACCAAAUUUGUUGAAUGUCAAGUUAGAUGAAAUGUUACUUCAAAAUCCGUAAUUACAGUUAGAUGUACAGGCUAUAACUCCAGCACUCUGGAGGCUGAGGCAGGAUAAUGGGUUGGAGGCCAGACGGGGCUACAAGGGAGAUCUUACCUCAGAAUAAAAAAAGUAAAAUAAAACAGCACAAAAUAAUGAAAUCCCUUUAAUUACAUAGACUAUAAAAAUGAUGAAGUCUGGAGAGAUGGCUCAGAAGUUAAAUAUGCUUGCUGCUCUUUCCGAGGGUUUGAUUAGGCAGCUUGAAACCACCUCUAACUCCUGCUCUACCGUCCUUCUCUUCAGGAUUCCAUGGGCACACGGAAACAAUGGGCACACAUACAUGUACAGGGGUGUGUGUGUGUGUGUGUGUGUUUAAGUGAAACCGUAGAACAGCAGGUGUGAUUGUGCCUAUCUUUAAUCCUAGUCCUUAGAAAGUGAGGCAGGGUAAUUACAAGCUCAAGGCCAGCGUGAGUUAUAUAGGAAAAUCAUGUAUCAAAAGGAAAAAGUAAUACAGUGUUUUGAGAUAAGGUACUAAGUGACUGCAUAGGCAGUCUUCGGAGUCAGACAAGCCAUUCAAACCAGGAAGGUCCUGAGUCCAGGCGCUGAUGCCCUGAAGCUCGCUCUGUGCUAGGUCUAGGCAGCUGGGCUGGGAAUGAUGAGCCCUAAAUAAGUAAUAAAUAAAAAUAAAAAUAGGCCACACUGUUUGACCGGACAAGAGAAGGGAGUACACCUCAAACCCAUUUCCCUGAGCUCCCCUGAAAAGCACGCUCCUGAGAGGUCCUGGGGGCUAGUUUAAUUUGUCACCACACUGGAGGAAGAACUUGAUGUGCCAGGUCGCAAUGACAGAGCAAAUUAUUAAGACAAUUGAAUACUACUAAGCCCAACCCUCUUUUGUUGCCAUCAAAAGGGGCCCAGUAAAUUUUGGACAUGUUUUUUAGGGCAAGGAAAAAGGUUUAUUCAGUAAACAAUACGUAGUGGACUGUCCUGAAAGACUUUCACUGUUUUAUUUUAAUGGAAAUGGUGACUUUGAGACUAGUGAAGGACAGACGCUGUGCAAAGAUACCUGCAGAUGCCCAAAGCCUGCUGCAGCAGGCAUGACGCUACACAUGUAUGAGCUGGCCCUGUCCUGUUAAAGAACCUUCCCUCAUAUACACACAUGCACACACACACUUCCUACACAUAUACACACGAUUAAAUAGUAUAAUAAAAGAUCCCUCGGUCAACUGAACACCUUAACAUAAUUUUUAUCAUCUAUAGUUGCUUGCUUUUUAAAUGACAAGGUGGCACACAGUAGGCACAAUCUGACACAGGAGAGGCCAUGGUCACCAUUGCCUACAGACAGACUCUCGUUCUUAGAAUUUCUGCAUGCAUUGCCAAAUUACCUCUACUUUUAUAAGCCAGACUUAAACAUCCAGAAAUUGGUAGAGCGCUAGGCUAGCAUGCAAGAAUCCUGGGUCUGGUGGCACAAGACAGUUAUCACAGCAGUGAGUGUGGAGGCAGGAGGAUCAAGGUCAUAUGACCUCAGCUACAGGAGACUCAGGAAAGGAAGGAGGAGAAGAAGGUGGGAAGAAAGCUCAGGAGUUGCCUCUGCUAUGUUUGGCCUAAAACUUGUCCAAACAAAAACCAUGAGAAAUAAGCCUUCUAAAAUAAUUGACUGUAGAGUAAAGCUCUCUACACUAAACUGAGCACUAGAUGAAGUAGCGAAGAGCGAAUGGCUCUGGCGAGCACGGCAACACAUGAGUUCACCACCCUGGAUGUGAAGUUGCCCUACUCGCUCCCCCAGGCAGUGCCCCUCUCCCCAACACUCACACAUUCACUUAGAUACACAGCUUAGCUCUGUGCUGGAGGAAGACACAGUGGCGUCCUGGCGUUGCCUGGGUGACGAAGGGCCCCGCUGGGGGAGGCAGAGGCGGAUCCUGGGGCGGGGCAGGAGGCGGGGCGGGGCUGGCAGGAAACGGAGCCUGGCGAGCGGAGGCCGCAAGGCUACGACACCCGGAGUUCACGGGCAGGUGGAAGUAAAACAUGACAGAAACCGAUGGCUUCUACAAAAGUAGGGAAGUGUUCGAUCCAGCCGAGCAGUACAAGAUGGACCACAAGAGGAGAGGAAUUGCCCUAAUCUUCAAUCACGAGAGGUUCUUCUGGCACUUGACACUCCCAGACAGACGGGGCACCAGUGCAGACAGAGACAACCUGACUCGAAGGUUUUCAGAUCUGGGAUUUGAAGUGAAAUGCUUUAACGACCUCCGAGCAGAGGAACUCCUGCUCAAAAUUCACGAGGUGUCAACUUCAAGCCACGUAGAUGCCGAUUGCUUCCUGUGUGUCUUCCUGAGCCACGGGGAAGGCAACCACAUUUAUGCAUAUGACGCCAAAAUUGAAAUUCAGACACUGACUGGCUUGUUUAAAGGAGACAAGUGUCAAAGCCUGGUUGGAAAACCCAAGAUUUUUAUCAUUCAGGCCUGUCGGGGCAACCAGCAUGACGUGCCCGUGGUUCCUCUGGACGUGGUAGAUCAUCAGACAGACAAGCUGGCCAACGUGACCCAGGUGGAUGCUGCCUCCGUGUACACCCUGCCCGCAGGGGCGGACUUCCUCAUGUGCUACUCUGUCGCAGAAGGGUAUUACUCUCACCGAGAAACUGUGAACGGCUCCUGGUACAUUCAGGAUCUGUGUGAGAUGCUGGCGAGGUAUGGCAGUUCCCUCGAGUUCACGGAGCUGCUCACGCUGGUGAACAGGAAGGUCUCCCAGCGCCGAGUGGACUUCUGCAAAGACCCAGGGGCAAUCGGCAAGAAGCAGGUCCCCUGCUUUGCCUCAAUGCUGACCAAAAAGCUACAUUUCUGUCCCAAACCUCGUAAGUAGGGGUGUCCGUCCCUGUUGCCACAUAUGUUUCACACGCCUUUCCCUUUCAUACAGAGGCCAGCUGGUCCAAGAGUUUCACCCAUCAAUGUAAACUGUUUCAAUUUUUUUAGAUGCAUAGAAGAUAAAUGUUUUUGUAUUUGUUAUUUUUCAGUCAUGUCGGGCAUGGUGAAAGGGCUGAAAAAAUCCUCAGGAAAUUACUAUGCAGAAAUGUCUACUACAUUUAUUACAUUCUAGGUAAACAGCAAGGUUACUCAAAAUACCAACUGCUUUGCCUUGGACCUUUUGAGAUACUGUUUAUACAAGUUUAUUGUAUAAUGUUUUUAAAGAUUUUUGAAACUCAAGAAUGAGAUUGUUUUCACUUAAUAGAAUGUCUAAAACUCACUGACAUUUUCUAAUUCCUAUGCUUAUGUAAUUUAUGACGAGCCUGUUUUACUUGGUCUUGUAUUCAUUUAUUAUCUUCUUUACCUACAAUCAAGGUAAACUUUGUGUGUGGACUCUUUAAUUCCCAUUUUGGAAACAAUAAACCUUUCAGAAUUAUUUUAUGG